CAUGGCUACCAGCAGGUCUAGAUCUGUACAAGACAGCUAUCACUUUACAGUGGUGUAUGAUGGAUGUUUAUCUGGGGACGACAAGACUGACUCCAUCAAAUUAUCCUACGAGUUUGUGGAAAAACUUAAAGGAAAAGCUAGAAAACAGGGCAUUAAUUGCUUUCUUCCACACCAGAUGAUAAAGGGGGGGCAAAUGGAAAUGAGAGAAAUUUAUUCUGCUGUGGAAAAUUCUGAUCAUGUCAUACUUGUUAUGACUGAGGGUUAUUUAGAAAAAAUGUGUGGUAAAAAAAGUUCAGAUAGCCAGAAUGAUCCAGAUUUGAUGUUGCAGCAAAUUCAUUAUAACAUAAUAGACCACAAAAUUUAUGCUAACACUGAUGGAAUUAUCGUAGUGCCUAUUUACCUGCAAACACGUAAGAAGGAAAUUUCCCUUGGUGCGUACAGAUCCAUACAGUUCAGAAAAAAAGAAGAUUGGGAAGAUGAAGAAAAUUGGGAGAAAAUCUGGAAUCUCAUUCCAAAAGAUCUACAGCCAUCAGUGUUGACUGGGUCUGCAGUAUCUUCUCAAGGGUCCAGUGAGCCAGAUGCUGGAGAGUCAGCUCAAAAUGAUUCUAACCAGGGAGUGAGAAGCCAAGAACCUGCUGCUGCUGCUGUAAGUGAGACUGCCACUGAAACCGCUGAAAACCCCCAGGAGUCAAUGCAGUUUGAAUCGCUGACAUCAGACGCCAGAGUAAGUGCCGAAGCAGGGUCUUCAUCUGCUGAUAGUAAGACUGAUGCCCAUCAGAGGUCUGAGUCAACUGAAGAUGACAGCACAGCUUGUAGAGAUCACCAACAAGGAUCUCCGCCAUGUGUAAACAUGAAUUCCAGUCCCAGUGGUGCAAGGAGUAAGGUUUUUUUUCAUCAUGAUUGGUGCAAUGUUCUGUACAGCAACAGUUUGAGUCACUGGCAUCUUAAUAGCCUGGUCAUUGUGUAAGAGUUACCUAA